AUGGUUGACGCUAGAGGUAGUACGCCUUGCUUAGUUGGUGAUUCUAUAAGGAAUAUCAAUGAUGAAGGCAGUUUGGAUUUUCAAUAUAGUAAUCAGUUCAAUGAGGAGGGUGAAGCUUCGAGGUUACUAACGCCACAAACGAGUUCCAAUCAUGCCUUGAACAAGAUGCAGAAGGAAGAUGAUAUUCGAGAUAGAUCUUAUACAUCGGUAGCGGAAUUGAACCGCGAAGGUGCUUUACUUACCGACGAAGUUGAUUUGGAGAACAUCGAUGCUUCAAAGGUUCGCAGUAGCAGAGAUGAUAUAGUGGCUGAGGAAAAGAGGAAAAAACUGUUAUUGUUGAAAAAAAAGCAAAGAAACAGAUCCAUUGCCUCAGACAGUUUCUCCUCUCCUUCCUUGCGUGCUUCCAAAUCAAAUUCGUUGAUUACAUCGACUGAUCCGAUUGAAGACCACAUCAGUAAAUAUUCAUCAUCAGGCACACCCGUUAACAUUCUAGGUAAGGAAGACACCGAAGACGAGGACAUAAUCAGGAACUCUUACGGGCAAAUGAUUAAAAACAAUUCUAAUAGGCCACACUUGGCAAAGGGUGAAUCGUACCAGUCAGCGGAACGGGAAACUGACCAUACGGCGCCUGAGAAGCCAGAGAGAAGACAAGAAAGAAGCGGUAGAUCAUUUGACAGACAAUCAUCAUCGGCUGAAUUUUUAAGAUCUCUGUCCAGGUCAAUAAGUCGUGGUCCGGCAAAAAACAGGACCGUUUCGCCGUCUAAAGGGGAGGAUUCAAGACUGUAUAGUACUAGCAACUACUCUAUAUCAUUGGUAGAUUUGGAGAAUGGGCCGAAAAUCAUCCCUGAAACUCUAGAAGAGGAGCAGGAAGACGCCGAAAAGGAAGGCGUUCUGAUGGAGGAUGAGGGCAACGAAGAGUACACCAAGAAAUUGGAAGAGGCAGCUAACAAGGUUCAACAACUGUGA